UGAACAGGGAUUUUUUUCCUUCCCUCUCCUCUUCCAUUUUUUUCCUGCACACACACAGUGGAGAUGUUGCAAACAGUCUGCAUGAGUCCUGAGCUCCUUGUCAGCCAACACAUGAGUGAAAGUGAAAUCUGUGCCUACAGUCCAGGCCAGGGCUCUCCUCUGCCUGGAGAAACUGCCAGUCCCAAGAGCUGCUUCCAGCAGAGCCCAUCUCUGCCAGACUCGGGAUUAACUGAGCUGAACGUGGCGAGCCCCAAGAUCUACCACCCUCCUCCUCCUCCAUGCAAACCUCCAGGGAUGCCUGCUCCUGCUGACUCUGAACUUAGCUCUGAUCCCCCUCAGAAGCGCUACAUGGGUGUGAGAGUGAAGAUGCCCGUGCGGGAAUUGCUGAGGAAAAUCCGACUUUCCAAAGGCUUGGACACAGCUCCCGGCAAGGAAGCCUCAUCAGUGAAGAUGGUAACCAAAGGAUCCUCAGGAAAAACAGCAGAGAAGAGGAGAUCUCACCCUUAUACAGAGAAACAGCUUAGGCAGAGCAAGCAGAGCGCUGGGCAAACCCCCAAAGGCUUGGAGGACCUCGACAUCCUGGUGGAGGUGCUGCAGGAGGAUCUGAACAAGAGCCAGCUGCGGGAGGAGCCUCGGCAGCCGGUGCCAGGCGGGUUUGGGCAGGGAUUCUCCCGGGAUCUGCAGAGCUGGGAACGCCUGGGGAGCCGGGAGGGAGCUGCUGGCCCGCGGGGAGAGCAGCAGAGCCCGGCAGAGCUUCACCCCGAGCCCGGCUGGAGAGAUUCCCACCCCAUCCUGCGGGGACAGGCAGAGCCUUCCUCCCCUGGAGAGCGGGAGAGCGUCCAAAGGAAUUCUCCAUCCCAGGAAGGUCUCCCAAGGAAUUCUCCAUCCCAAGAAGGUUUCCCCAGGAAUUCUCCAUCCCAGGAAGGCUUUUCCAGGAAUUCUCCAUCCCAGGACACGCCUGCCCUCCCCAGCCCUGCAGAGAUGCUGCUGGGAGCUUCCAGGGGCUCUCCAGAUGUGCAGGGACAUUUGAAGCUGCCCCCAAAUUCCUUCACCCAGCAGGACCUCUCUGCCCUCUCCUUCUUCCAGUUCCAGCUGCACAGGGAGAAAAAUUUUCUCAGGAAUAUCCCAGAGGAAAAAUUGCUGGCUCCUGAUGAAAAUGGCAACAGGCUGCUGCACAAGGCUGUUGCCCAGGGAAGGAGAGCUCUGACUUUUGCCCUGGCCCAGAGAUUUGCAUCCCUCAACAAGAUCGAUGAGAAGGAUGCAGAGGAAAGGACUGCUUUACAUCUUGCUGCAGAAAAGAACCAGCACCUGAUGGUGAGUGACCUGAUCUCCCUGGGAGCCAAUGUCAACGAGCAGGACAGAGCUGGGAAAACUCCCCUCCACCUGUGUGCAGAGAAUGGAUAUCUGAGAGUUCUGGAGGUCCUGAAGAGCUGCAAGAACAGCGGGGUGUGCGUGGAGGUGGAUGUGCCUGACCACUGUGGUCUCACGCCCCUGCUCUGUGCUGCUCUCGCCCACACCGUGCUGGUGACAGAAUCCCAGAGCACAGCCGGGGACAGCAGCGCCGGGAGGUUCCUCAGGCUGCGGAAAAACCAAAUCCUGGAGGGAAUUCUGUGCCUGCUACAGAUGGGAGCAGAGCCCCGGCUGCAGGUUCUGAACUCCUGUCCAGCCUCCACUGCCUGCCUCAGGCUGCAGGAGAACACAGAGCUCAUGUGUUUGCUCCAGACUCACAAACCCCAGGCACAGGAUGUUCUCCAGGAGAGCUGCAGCCUGCUGGAUGCUCCCAGAGGAAUUCCCGCUCCCCCAGCAGAAGAUAAUUUACCUGAACUUUGCUCCUUGGCACCCUCAGACCUCCUUGAUGUCUUUCUCAAAGGUAUUUUUGGUAGGAAGUGCAGUUCAGGUCGUUGGGAUUUUUUGUGA